GCCAUGGCGGCGGCCUUCACCGCCCUCCGUGUCCUGCUUGGGCUCUUCUUCUCCCUCUCGGGCGCCUUGAAGGUCUCGGACUGGCUCUCCGCCGACCUGCACCGGCACAUGGCAUCCGAGUUCGUGCGCUUUGCCAAGGUGUUUCCCCUGAAGGAGUUGGGGUUUGUGCCGGAGCCGGGCAGGUACCUGGUGGCCGUGGGCUGGGUGGAGGUGAUGGCCGGGCUGUUGCUGGCAUUUGGGCCCCAACUGCUGCAGGAGAUCAGCAACUUCAUCCUCAGCGUCGUCAUGAUUGGUGCCAUCUACACGCUGCUGGCGCUGCAGGAGCCGCUGGCCAUGUGUGCCCCGGCCACCGUCUCCCUCGGCCUCCUCCUGCUGCUCAACAUCCGCGGGUACCCAGCUGCCCCCCGGGCCAAGUUCGAGUGACGAGAGGUGGGAAGGACAGACAGCUCGGCCGGUGGGAAGCAAUGCCUUUGUGGUGUUUUCAGGGAUGACAUCGUAUCCUGCAGGGUAACUUGCUGAUGAGACACAGUGUGUCCUCUCCUGCCUCUGCCAGUGACUCUGGUGCUGGUUGUCUCCACGCUGUGGGGCCUGGGCUGGUGCUGUGGGAUGGUGGCCGUGGCACCACUGUGACACUGCCGUGGCACUGCUCUGGCAGCUCCAUUGCUAAACUCGCACAAGGUGUCUGACUC